CAAAGUUUAAAUGACACUAUAUGAAGCCGCACCAAAACUAAACAAACGUGGAGACGCUCUCACUCUCAGAAUGGAACGAUUCACCGCUUUAACCUUCGUCCUUUUGGCUUCGUGUCUCUGCAGGACGUUUGGACAGACGUGUGAAGGGAAGUGUGGGACUAAACUGGACUCCUGCUCGUGUCAUCCGACGUGUGAGUCCCUCCAAGGCUGCUGCACCGACUACAAGGAGUUCUGUGUGGACGUCCGUCCGUAUUCUGGGACGAUACUCGGUGGGACAGACUUGGUCGUUCUUAAUGCGAGCUUCAAUGAGAGCUCCCAGAUCGUAUGCAGGUUCAACCAUGACAUCACCACCGUGGGGUACGUGGAUGAACGCAGCCGAGGUCACUGCAUCUCCCCACUGCUGAUGGAGACAGGGUGGGUUCCUCUGCAGAUCUCCUCAGACAACGGCACUACAUUCAGUAGAGAUGGAGCCUGGCUCUCAGUACACACGGGGAAGUUAGAUAAUAAACUUAAGGCCAUUCUGGUCAACUCCACCAAAUGGCAGUACUACGGCACCCCCACCGUGGGAGGACGCCUGGAGAUGAUGUGGAACACCUCACUGGUCCGAGCGGAGCGGGUCAACGUAGAGCUGUGGGGGUACCGGGAGACAGGAGAUCCCUACUCCGACACCUGGAGGGGCGAGUGGACCUAUCUGUACUCGCUUGCUAAGGACCAGCCCAAUAACGGUUCCUUCAGCUUUUUGCCCAAACCGGCGGAGAAAGGCUUGUCGGCGUGGGAGGUUGGCUCCGUGCGGGUCAGCGGCAGCCGCCACCCCGACGGCGCGUGGAACGUGGAAGCGGCGUGGACCGAGGACCACGCUCUGGCCUGGCACCUGGAGGACGCCUUCAGGCACAACUCCGCGGCCUGGGCCCUGGACAAGUGCUUGGCCUGGGACCGGCUGGAGGGCGAGCUGCCCCGCUUCCUCGGCGAGAUCGUCGACUGCCCCUGCACCCUGGCCCAGGCCCGGGCGGACACGGGGAGGUUCCACACUGACUACGGCUGCGACAUCGACAAGGGGAGCGUGUGCACCUACCACCCGGGGAGCGUUCACUGCGUGAGGGCGAUCCAGGCCAGUCCCACCUAUGCAGCGGGGCAGCAGUGUUGCUACGACAGCACCGGGGCUCAGGUCCUGACGGCGGACUCCAUUGGGGGCAGCACCCCCGACCGGGCUCACGACUGGGGCUCGCCGCCCUUCAGGAGCCCCCCCCGGGUCCCGGGUCAGUCCCACUGGGUCUACGACGUCCUGAGCUUCUACUACUGCUGCCUGUGGUCCGACCACUGCCGCUACUACUUCAAGCACCGGCCGUCCAGCGACUGCCGGCGCUACCGGCCGCCCGGCUCAGGUGAGCGCAUCCGCAUCCCGCCGCUCCUGCCGUUUCAGCGCGCGCCGCUCACUGCUCUCCCUGCGCCGCCAGCCGUGGUGUUCGGAGACCCCCACUUCAUCACCUUCGACGGCGUCAGCUACUCGUUCAACGGCAAAGGGGAGUACACCCUGGUGAGCUCUGCGAAGAAGCAGCUGACAGUCCAGGGCAGAACCGAGCCUGUGGAGGGAAUAAAAAAUAACGCCACAAAGAUGACGGCCGUGGCCAUGAAGGAAGCGUCCUCUGAUGUGGUUGAGGUCCGUCUGGGUCCAAACGGCCUCGAGGUGCUGCGCGAUCAAAAAGGCCUUUCCUUCGCUGAGCAGAGCUGGAUGGACCUGCAAGGCGUCUCCGUGUUCUCCCCGACCUCCACCAACGUCACCGUGAUGUUUCCGUCCGGCGCCGGCGUGGAGGUGCGUCUGAGGGCGGGAACCCUGACGACCAGCGUGCUGCUGCCGGACGCGUUCGCGGGCGACACGCUCGGCCUGCUGGGAAAGAUGAACGGCGCCGCCGCCGACGACCUCGUUCUGAGCGACGGUCAACCCGUACGGAACCACAGCGACCCUGAGGAUCUGUUCAGCUUCGGGGCCAGCUGGGCCGUAUCCCACGACGCUGCCUUGUUCACGUAUGACUCACAGAAGCUUCUGGACGAGUAUUAUAAUGCUCCCAGACACGACCCCGACUUCAUCCCAGAGUUCUGGAUUCCUGAGAGUCCAGACGACCCGUUAGCCAACGAGGCGUCUCAGAUCUGCUCUGGAGAGGGCUCUCGCUUCUGCAGGUUUGAUGUUCUCGUAGGUCGUAGUGCAUCGAUGGGAGAAGCUGCCAAGGCGUCGUUUCACAGUCACAUGUCACUUGUGGACGAUUUAAGGCCAGUGAUCUCCUGUGGAUGGCUUUCACCACCAACUAACGGGAAGAAGGAGGGGACCACGUAUCUACAAGGAGCUAGGGUUCGGUUCUCCUGCGACGAAGGCUACGCUCUCCGAGGAUCCUCGGAGCGCGUCUGCCACAAUGGCCAGUGGUCCGGAGAGGAGACGACCUGCGUAACUCCCAGUAACGUGGCGGGGAUCGUGGCCGGUUCCGUCAUCGGAGCGCUCGCCCUCACAGUCAUCAUGACGACGAUCGUCCUGCACUCCAGGCGUCAGAAGAAAAGAAAACAGGCCGACGCUCGUUCAGAGGAGGACGCGCCGGGUGCGGCUUUCUGAGGACGUUUGACCGAACGCUGCCUCCAUUCACUCCAGCUCCGGCAGCUUCUACUGUCAGCCGCGCACUCCAUGUUAUGGUCUCAUUAUCCUCUCAUGCUAUUUCUAUUUGCUUGAUUUAAAGCACGUGAUGUCUCUGCGAGUCUGUUUAAGCCUCAUAUGUAUAUGAUUUUUACCAGCUGAUGAUAAUGAAGGUGAAUUGUAACUCCCCUACUUUAUAAUCAAACUUUAAAAGCUGAUUUUAUUCUAGUUUAUUAUCAAAUUAUUACUCACAUCACAUUUAGUUCAGUAUUUAUCUGUACAGUAUUUUUGGACUGAUGCUUUUGAGUGCUUCAGAGAUUUAGUCUUUAUUAAACACCGUUCCUCUCUGA